AUGCAACUGCUGUCUUCCUGCGUGCACUUCUGCGGUGACGCCGUCCGCCAUGCUCCGGCCCAGCCCUCCAUGCAGCGUCCUCUAGGACUGCGCAGACGACCCAGACAUCCUCACUCUGGGUCUCUCAGCGCGCAUGCGCCGAGGGCUCGCGGGACGGUAGCCCCACCCCCGGGUCGGGGCUGUGGGCGGGACCAGGCCUGGAAGCCCCCGCGGCCGCAUCCCUCGAGUUCCGUCCUCCGGGGAGUCAGUCGGUGGCGCCUGGUGAAUACAUGCUGCGUGGGAGGUUUACCCACUGGCUCUUUUCUCCCUCAGUUUUGCCAUGGGACUAGAAAUCUACUUCGGGGAGCCCGACUCCCCUGUGCCCGUCGAAGGUGGCGGCUGCGCGAGCUCGCUGGUGUCGGCAAUUUCCGCCCGGCUUCCGCCCGGCUUCGCCCGCGGCGUCUCUUCAGCGGCGGCAGCGGCGCCCUCUCGGCCCCGCCCACCGUGAUGUACGACCGGGCGCCCCGCUGGCUCCGAGUGGCUGUGGGCGGCGGCACCGCGGAGCACGUGGGCCCCGGGUCCUACCAGGUCCCGGUCCCGAAGCGGCGGGCGGCCGAUGGCUAUGCACCAUUUCUUUCUUUGACUGCCAGAGAAAGUACUUUUACUGUUGUCUCUCAUAUUGAAAAUGAUGUCCCAGGUCCAGGACACUAUAAUGUUUCAGAAGCACAGUAUAAUAUAAAAGGAGGCCAAAGUCUACAAAACCGAGAGAAGCGUUUUAAGAAUUUUAUUUCAGAUAACCCAGGACCUGCAAGUUAUGGACAGUCUUAUUGUGGAACACUAGGUAUCAUAAAGAAAGAAAUAAUAGAGCUUAAAGAUUGUCCUCAAUCAAAAAUUUUAAGAACACCUACAGUUACCAGAAAUGUAGAUGUUCCUUCAAUUCCUUCUUGUGGACAGUCAUAUGGUUAUAAUAUUAAUGAAGAUGGCGGAAUUACAAAAUGCUUUCCACCUGCAAGUGAUAGCACGCUGGGACCAGCAUACUACAAACCUCAGUUUGAUGUUUCCAUUGCAACUUUGAAAUACAAAGGUGUACAUUUUGGCAACUCUCCAGGAAGACAGGAGUUACCUAAAAAGUCAGGUCCUGGUCCUGGACAGUAUGAAAUAGUAAAGGAAAAGAUACUACAUUGUGAAAAUAUUAAUGUCAAGAAAGACCAACAGCAAAAUUAUUGCCCAAACAUCCCACGAUUUUAUGAAGAAAUAGAACUGCAAGAGGAAAAAAAGGGAGUACCAGGGCCCGGAAGCUAUGACAUUAAAAGUCAAUUUCAGAAGACUGAAAGUAUCACACCGAGUGUAAUUGGUGCGUCCCCUGCUUUUCUUUCUCAAUCCCAGGUUCUGUGCAGCCUGCUCGUACGGAGCAACCAGGGCCACUGGGCCCGCCCUCCUGAUGCCUCACGGACUGCACAUACUCCGUGGUGA